GUAUAAAAGCGCACAUAUGUUAUAUGUUGAACAACAUCCGAUACUAAUUACAUGAUCAAAUUAAGUUUUCUAGCUUUUCGAUCUUUACGCGAUGGCCACCCGAAAGCUUUUCUUAGUUUUAUUCCUCCAGUUGAUCAUGUUUGUAGUUCUUAACCCCGUUUAUGGGCAGGAACGUCUGAAAUUAGGGUUUUAUGAAAAAUCAUGCCCAGAAGCCGAGGCCAUUGUUAAGAAGGUUAUGGUCGAAACCUUAUCAAAAGCACCUACACUUGCUGCGCCUUUGAUAAGAAUGCAUUUCCACGAUUGUUUCGUUAGGGGUUGUGAUGGGUCAGUAUUGUUGAGCUCUUCAACAAAUCAAGCAGAAAAAGAUUUUGCUUCUAAUCUAAACCUUCGGGGAUUUCAAAUUAUCGAUAGAGUCAAGUCUGCACUGGAAAAGGCAUGUCCUGGUGUGGUUUCAUGUGCUGACAUCUUGGCUUUAGUAGCUAGAGAUGCGACUGCAACGAUCAAGGGACCAUCUUGGGAAGUCGAAACUGGACGAAAAGAUGGAAGGGUUUCAAGCGAAAUAGAGGCCCAUGAGAAUCUAGUACCACCAACUGCCAACAUUACCCAAUUGAUAAGAAGUUUUCAAGAAAGGGGGCUAAGCAUAAAAGACCUUGUAGUUCUUUCAGGUGCACACACUGUUGGGACGUCUCACUGUUACUCCUUCAACUACCGUCUCUACAACUUCACGGGAAAGGGUGAUACUGACCCCAACUUGGAUCCUAAUUAUAUAAAAAGAUUGAAGAACAAAUGCAAGCCAGGUGAUAAUACCACACUCGUGGAAAUGAACCCAGGAAGCUUCAAAAUGGGUAGGAUUGGAGUUCUCACAGGCAAGGCUGGUGAAAUCAGGAAACAAUGCAGCAAAGUAAACAAGUAAAUUAUAUAUUAAGAGACAAGGAUCGAUACCUACAAGCAGAGACGCAAGAAGAUUCAUCAUUCUUCUUCAUGGUUGUGAUUUUGUACCUAAUUUGCAGAAUAAAUUCUGGUUUGAUUUGUUUUGCAGUCUUGUACGGUAGUUUCAGUCAAAAGUUUGCUUUUUAUUCAUACAAUGAAUGCCUGGGAAGAAAAUAAUUAAUUUC